AUGUCGAUUCAGGCUGGCAGCCAGGCUUCUCCUAGUCAACGGCCUUCCUGGACCGGGAGGAGGCCUGAAACCAUGCGAGGCCUUCUCGUCGAGGGGAAAUGGAAGUGCGAUUGUGAACCUCGCCGAGCAGCAAGUCAUUUAGAGACGAAGAACGGAGGCAAGAAUCACGGACGUUGGUUCUACACUUGCUCAAAACCACGGGAUAAGGGGUGUGGAUUCUUUCUAUGGGAUGAUGCUGCAAAGGAGAGGGAAGCAGCGCAGAAACCAGUGGAUGAUGGAAAGGAUAACGCCGACGUUCCAGAAGCCGCAUCAAUUCAAACUCGGCAGGACAAUGCAAAGUCACGGCCCAUAUUACGAACACCAAAGGCGAACCGCAUCCGUGAAUCGAUACUUCGUGGUGGGCUCUUGACGCCAGAGUCUCACGAAAAGAGGAAGAGAGAUGCAGAUAUAACUGACUAUUUGGAUCAAUACCAAAGUCCUACCAAGCGAGGGAGACUAGACUUACUCACCUCACAAGCAAUAGAACCGGAUGUCAGCCCCUUUACAGAUAAACAGGACAUUUCAUACCCAUCUUUAGCUUCAAGGCUCGAUGUCAUGGAUGCAGAACCGAUUUCGCGACCAUCACUAUUCUCUACCCCCAAGAAAGCCACCACUCCCCCAAGAAGUGUAGUGCACACAGAUAAGAAAACACCCUUAAAUCUCCCGACAACACCGACUCCUUCGCGCUUUGUAUCCUCGUCCUUUUACUCUAACUCUUCGGAGGGAAAUAAUACAAGAGCUCAGCACUGCGAACUAACGAAGAAGGCUCUCGAUAUACUAGAGUCUCACAAAACUGAUUUAUCUCCCAAGGCGAAGCAGGAUUUGGCUGGGCUGCUUGAUAGGAACGACCUGCGAACUCUAGGAAUCAUCAAAGGAAGGGAUAUUUCAAGAUUAGCUAUCAAGGAACGAGAGAGUCGCAUAAAGUUGCUAGAGAGAAGAGUGGCACUCUUGGAGGCGGAGAGGGAAUCCUGGAAGGCAUUAUCAUUAAAUGGACCUUCUAACCAUCCCGAUAUUUAG